CAAGAUACUCACACAUAAAAAAGCCAGACCCCCCUACCCCCUCCAACCCCAAACCAAGUGCUCUCCCCACACAACCAUCUUCCAAAGCUCAACAUUUCCAAAGCAGUUCUCCAUUCUCUCUUUUCUCAUCAACAACACUGCUCUUCUUACCAUUUCUUGCUGCUAGUGCGAGGGAGUAAUCCUCUUCAUCUACCAUGGCGAAGAAGAAGGCGACAUUGACAAGCCGAGCAUGGAACUUGCUUCGCAUCGCCUUGUUAUGGGCAAGGAAAGGUGGUCCCUUGAAGCGGCGGCUAAUGGCCGAUCUCCGCCUCGUCGUGAGUCAUCUCAAGAGUCUUGGAGCUGGUGACCAUCCCUAUGGAGAGCUCCACCAUGGCGAGCGAGAGCUGUCGUUCGAUGAGACCCCCACCUUCCACUUCAAGAUACACCGGCCUCGCUUCCCAUGCGUUGAGCCACCCAUCACAUUUGAUGACAAUGAUGGUGAUGGUAGCAUCUCCUAUAAGACGGGCAACCCAAAGAGCUACUUCUUUCAGAAUGAAAUGAAAGAAGAGGAAGUAACCGAUCGUGAUGAAGAUGACGACGAUGAUAGAUUGAAACGUGGGGUUGUCCAUGAGAAUGAAGAAGAAGAAGAAGAGGAGAUUGACUCGAAGGCCGAGGAGUUCAUAGCGAAGUUCUACGAGCAGAUGAAGCUGCAACGCCAAGUGUCGCUGCUGCAGUAUAAUGAGAUGCUCAACAGAGGCAUGAGUUGUUGAUAGAUGCAUACCACCAGCGGUUGGAAUUUCUUCUCGUGUAGAUGCUCUUUCUACCCUCUAUAUAUCUAUUCAACUUUCUCCAUUCUUUAUUUGCGGCGAUGCUGUAUAUAAUUAUGGAGCUUUUCAAUAAAUUAUGGCUCGUUUAGUGCAUGAUCCGGUCCUUUUCUCUUAAAAUUUUUAUCUUGAGAUUGCUCAUAGAGAAAAUAGAGUAUCUGUUUCAGGAACUAAAGUUAAUACACUGCAAGAUGUAUAAAGAACAGCUAUCAGAAUUAAGGAGACUGAGCUCGAAAAUCUAUUCUCUCUCCUCAGAUGCUGUCUCACAACUCUUAAAACCUUUUUAAUAUGCCUAGAAUCCGGGCAAAUAAG